GAAUUAAUCAGAUAACAAUAUAGUAAAAAUAUAGAUAAUAAUGGAGCAUAGAAAUACAUUUUAUAUUCCAAAACAGAAAAUUCCUAUUGCGCAAGUAAUACAUUUAAGAAUGUCGCUUCGGCAAUAAAAUAGAUAUCUAUGAUUAAAAUCAUGUAGAAAAUAUUCUCACGUCUAGUCUUCGCAACAUUCUAAAAAAGCUCCUUUGCUUUCCUAGUGUUUCUUAUUAAAAUAGUGCCAGUGCAUCGGUUUAGCAUUUUUAUUAAAAGAACUUAGUAAAUAAUUAAUUUAUUAUAAGUUUGCACUUAUAAAUUUUUAAGUUACGCUUGCCUAUGUAUUUUGUACAAAUAAUGUAGCUAUAAUGUACUGGAUUAAUUGUGCCAGUGAUAUGUUAUAGCUUGAAUCUUUAUCAAGUAUAAUACCUGUAUCUAAAUGUUUUAAAAUAUAUAAGCAGGUAUAAUACGAAUAAAUAUAUUUUCGUAUUAUUAACAUGUGUUAUCAAGGAAUAGAAUAAUUACAAUGAAUGCAAUAUCACGGAGAAGAGAUAAACGGAAACAAAACAGUAAACCUGGGUAGUGCUUUAUCUAUUCCUAGGUACAAAAAAACUUAUAAUCUAAUUUAGUACUUAUCGCUCGAUUUCGCUUCCUCCGUGAACAGGAUAUGUGUGCAUAUUAAAACAAUCGUCACGAAAAAAAGACGAGCAUGAUAAAUGUUUCGCAUUUCAUGGCUUCGGUGCUCCUCUUCCGACAUAUCUGAAGUUUUGCCAAUUGAGGACUAAUGCAAACCUAGCGCCAAAGACGAAGUAUUCUUUCGAAAUUUUAUUUAACAACCUGAAUAUAAUAAUAUUCGAGUUCCUAUUGUUUUAAAGAGAAGGUAGCACUAGUAAAUUAGUUUCUAAAGUCGAUAGCUUAAGUGUAAAAUUAUUAUAAGAAGUCGAUGGAAUAUGGACGUUUAGACCUUAUGAUAGCUUUCGAUGUUACUUUAUAUUACAUUCCAUUAUGUUAACUUAGAAAAUUGUGCUGAAAUUGAAGACUAUAGAUAUAGUCGAUCGAUGAGAUUAGGAGGGGAUGAGCGAACGCUGGUCGGUUUCUCCAGGCAUAUGCAUUUUAACCUUCCUCGGAAAUGAUCCGUCUCGAGGAUCACUAUUUCAAUUUCAAUAAAAUUCUUUUACUUACAACCGGCUUGUGGCCAUAUGAACGAUCGAAACUAGUCCACCUUCGGUUUGUUCUUUUCUCUGGCAUUCUGAUCAGCAGUAUUAUAUUUCAGAUUACAGUAUUUCUAACGUCAAGAUGUACUCCGGACCUCAUCAUUAAAGUUCUCUCUAAUGCGAUUCUUUUCAGCACUGCGACAGCAAAAUAUAUCUUGUUCGGCAUUGAUUUUAAAGCAAUGAAAGAAUUAUUAGAGCAACUUCAACAUAUAUAUGACGAAUUAAAAGAUGAAAAUGAAACUGCUAUUAUUGAUAAAUAUGGUUAUGAUGCAAAACGUGUUACGAUUUUUGUUACAAUGUUUGGUAUGUCUGGUGCAUCGGUACUUAUUAUCAUCCAAUUAUCGUCGGACAUAGUUAAUAUUACAACAACAAAUAUAUCUCGACCACAUCGUUUCCUGAUGAUAACAGAAUACUUUAUCGAUCAAGAAAAAUAUUUCUAUUUAAUUAUGUUGCACAUAAACAUAACAAUUUACUUAAGCGCGAUUACAGCAAUAGCAAUAGGAACAAUGCUGAUUUCAUUUUUCCAUCAUAUCUGUGGAAUAUUUAAAGUUGCCUGUUACCGUAUUGAACAUUCAAUGAAAUUCAAUGUGUUGAAACAUAAUAACAAAUUGAAUAACAAAAUGUUGAUAUCCGAAAAGAUAAUAUGUGCCAUAGAUAUGCACCGUCAAGCCAUGAAAUUAUCAUUAGGUUUGGUAUCCAGAUAUGAAGUAAUGACGUCCUACUUAACAAUAUUUGGAGUGACUUCUUUAAGUCUCAAUUUGUUUCAAAUUUUUAAGGGUGCAACGAGUGGAGACGAUAUUAGAGAAAUGAUACCACCAUUUAUAUAUAUAAUUGUCAUUAUCUCGUACAUGUUUGUCGCAAACUACCUCGGACAAGAUCUCACGGAUCAUAACAGAGACAUAAUUAUUGCCGCGUACAAUGUUGAGUGGUAUAUAGCUCCGUUAUAUAUACAAAGAUUAAUAUUGUUUCUAUUGCGAAAGGGAUGUACGGAUUUCACCGUGAAUAUCGGUGGACUAUUUAUUCCGUCGUUAGAAGGUUUUACCACGCUUGUAAAAACUUCGGCGUCUUAUUUUACUGUUAUAUAUUCGACACGGUGAUGAAGCAAGAAUUACUCAGAAAACAAUAUAGUGAAAAUAUAGAUGAUAAUGGGGCAGUGUAAUAUAUUUUAUAAAAAAUAAAAAAUUUCUAUAUUUUGCACAAG